CACCUUUAUACCUCUAAUCUAUAAUCAAAUUUCGUAUAUCUGUUAUCAGUAAUAAUCCCUUAUAUCGACUGAUAGCGUAUCGACGUGAUUAUAGCAUUCGGUUGAACGUGCCGUCGCGCGCGCAUCGUCGCGAAGUAUACUAAAAAUAAUCCUCUAAGAAUAGUACAAGUGGCACAAUGUACAAACAGUUCCCGUUUUCGAUGGAGAACAUCCCGAGACAAACCAGCUUCGGCUGCUUUUCACUCAAGAUUGGGAGCAUCUUUUCAGCGCUAAUCGUCAUACUCUACUCAGUCUUGGCCCUAGCACAAUGCCUGGCCAUACUCGGCGGGUGGGCGCACGAGACCAAUCUCAACAGCUCAUCAAUGGGCACUGGCCUGGUGGUGACCGUCGCCAUCGUUCAUGCUGUCACGCUGUUCCUAUCCACCGUCAUGCUGAUUGGAACGCUGAGGGAAGACGCCCGCCUCAUGCGGCCGUGGGUGAUCUGGACCUCCAUCCAAGUGAUGUGCUACAUGCUGCUGUUCAUCUUCUUCAUGGUGAACAACUUCUCUGACAACAGCCUCACGGUCUACGUCAUCGAGCUCAUUAGCUUGUUCAUCCAUUGCUACAUGCUGAUGCUAGUAUCCAGUUACUACAAGCAGCUGGAGGAAGAGCGAGACGAAAGACUAAAGAGUCUCAUCAACAAAGACAUUUGGCAUGAGUACGCGUAAGUCGGACUCGUGGUGCGUUACAUGAUCAACUGCCAUGUAUAAUGUAAUAAUAAUUUACGAUGCAAGUGCGAAUUACCUAUUCGCACGUGUAUCGUACGUUUUACAGUACAUAUGGCUCUUUAAGUUUUCGACGUAGUUACGUAAUGUGCUUAUUAUAGCAUGUAGCACCAGAUGUACUGUAAAUAACUAUUAUAUGACUGCUAACUGCUACAUAAUGAAGGGCAUUAAAAUACGAGUGUGGGUUUAUAAAACGAGUUCGAAGAGAGUUUCAUAAAAUAUCACACGAGUGUUUUAAUGCCUAAUUAUGUAUAGUUACAAACACUGCUUUAUAUACAUAGGUACGUAUUUUAAGCUCUCUAUGAUAUGUUGACCGCUAUUGCGGCAUUUGACCAUUUGUCGAUAACAAUGUAAUAAUAACAUAACAUGUAAUUUAAAUAACAGUUUAUCUUUAUGCUGGCUGUAGUUUGCGGUUUUUGCAUCAUAGAAGGUUUAUGAUAUAUUAUUACGUUUAUAUAAUUUAAUUUUAACUAGCAGUGGAACAAUCAGGGGCCCAUUUCUCGAAGGAUAUUAGUCUAAAUGGGCCCCUGGGGCCUAUUUCUCAGAUGGUAUUAGACUAAUAUUAUUAGUCAACGAACUGUCAAACCUUAUGGGUUGCCAUGACAACGCACUAAUAAUAUUAGACUAAUAUCGUUCGAGAAAUGGGCCCCUGGACGCAACUUUCGCAA